AGUAAGAGGGCUUUUUAAACGUGUAAUUACUUGGGGCUACAUUGCGAUACAGUGCCUAAGGGUGACACCUUUCUUCCUUUGAAAUAAACAUCCAAAUGGCAAUAGCUAAUAGUUUUUCAUGUGGAUUUUGGAAGUUUGACUCUAAAAUGUAUGAUGGAUCUCGGUGACUCUCUUGGUUGCAGACUUUUUGGAUACUCUCAGGAAGACUUUCACACUUCAACACACAUGCAGUAACUGGAGUAUAUGAUUUUCCCCACAUGCGUACCAUGAUGUGUUUCUCAUAUGAAUUUAUGAAGAAGGUGUUUCACAUCUGAAAGUUGGUGUGUGAAUGGAAUAAAACUCAUAAACUAACAAGAGACACGGAGUGGACAGGUCAAGCGGAUGCGAGGGAACUCUUGGAUUAUUUUGGAUCCGUUGGGAAUAUUAGGCUACUUGCUCUCUGUGAAGAAAAACAUUUGCGAUUGGAUGAAAGAAUGUAUGGAAUUAAUCAGCGCUGUAUUUACAUAUCUUUUCAUUUCUUCGUGUUGUGGUGCCAUGCUCAGGGGGAGAAUCACCCGUCUCCUAAUUUUAACCAGUAUGUGAUGGAGCAGGGCGCAAUGACGGACCAGCUUAGCCGGCGACAGGUCAGGGUUUAUCAACUAUACAGCCGGACCAGCGGGAAGCACGUCCAGAUACAAGGCAAGAGGGUCGCGGCUACUGCUGAGGACGGCAACAAUUACGCACGUCUCUUUGUAGAGACUGACACCUUUGGCAGUCGGGUUCGGAUCAAAGGUGCAGAGAGUGGACGCUACCUCUGUAUGAACCGGAAGGGGAAACUGGUUGGAAAGCCUGAUGGCAGAAGCAGGGAUUGUAUCUUCACAGAGAUUGUUCUGGAGAACAAUUACACUGCCUUCCAGAAUGCCAAAUAUGAGGGUUGGUAUGUGGCUUUCACCAGGAAAGGGAGGCCCAUCAAAGCCUCCAAGACGAGGGAGAACCAGAGAGAGGUCCAUUUCAUCAAGAGGCUACACAAGGGCCCACUACCUUUCCCCAACAUGGACAGAAUCAAACAAUUUGAGUUUAUCAGUUUUCCACCCACCCGUCGAGCGAAACGGAACAGGAAAUCACAGACUGCUGCCUAGUACAGAACAAAUCGGACUAUUAUUGAGGAAAAAUUUUAAUUUUAUUUUUGUAUGUUUUUAAUAUGUGGAAAUACUUAAAAUGCAAAAAAGUCUAAAGUAAUUUAGUUGUAAAAUGAUCCCAUGUAAAUCAUGUAAGAGAGUAAAUGAGAUUUAUGUAUAUAUUUAAUAUGACAGUGUAUAUGUAUGUGUUUUCUUUUGCUUUUUGAUUGGUCCCGUGACAGAGUGGGUAUUGGAUAGGUACAUUAAUAAACAUGUUCAGCUUGGUUAUCACAAAACUUAAGCGUGACAAAUGCAACAUUUGACCUUUAGAUCAUCUCUCUCAUUUGAUAUGACUGCUUUCUUCGUACUAGUGCUGAAAUUGAUUUCUAAGUUAAGAAAAGCUCUUCAGAAAUGUACAGGAAGUAGUAAUGUUCUUGUUUCACAGAUCAGUGUGUA